AUGAAUGGAUGGAUGGUAUUCCUGGAAAUCUCGUGCUGGGCAGUUAUAGUAAUAUGGUUUCUACCGGGUGGUGGACAGUGUGGUCAAGACGCUGGACGCUUGAUGGAGGACCUUCUCGCUGAUUACAAUAAGCUUGUUAGGCCUGUUGAAAAUGACACUGAUACGCUGAUUGUUCGACUGAAACUGAAACUCUCGCAGCUUCUUGACGUACAUGAGAAGAAUCAAAUAAUGACGACAAAUGUAUGGCUGCAACAUUGGAAUCCAGCAGAUUACGGUGGAGUGACUGUAUUAUAUGUGCCAUCCGAUAUGAUUUGGUUACCGGAUAUUGUCCUUUACAAUAACGCAGAUGGUAAUUAUCAAGUAUCAAUAAUGACAAAGGCAAAACUGUCACCCAAUGGUACUGUGGAAUGGUCGCCUCCUGCCAUUUACAAGAGCAUGUGCCAAAUAGAAGUGGAAUGGUUCCCUUUCGACGUGCAAACGUGUGAAAUGAAAUUUGGUUCCUGGACAUACGGCGGCCUGGAAGUUGAUUUACAACAUAGAGAUUCACACAUUGAAAGGGCAGAAACAGAAACAUUGCUUGGUUUCGAUGGUGAAUAUGAUGAAACUGUAUGGAUUGUUGAUGAAGGAAUUGACCUAAGUGAUUAUUAUCCAAGCGUCGAAUGGGAUAUACUUGGCGUACCGGGUAAGCGUCAUUUAAAAAGAUAUCCGUGCUGUGAAUCGCCUUUCAUCGAUCUAACAUACGAGAUACGCUUGCGACGCAAGACGCUAUUUUACAUCGUCUAUUUGAUUUUUCCAAUCGUCAGCAUCAAUUUUCUAACGGUUCUAGUGUUCUAUUUACCUUCGGAUGGCGGUGAAAAAAUAUCACUUUGCCUUAACAUACUUAUUUCACUCACUAUAUUUUUCUUAUUGCUUGUAGAAAUAAUUCCUUCAACUUCACUCGUUAUACCUCUUAUUGGUAAAUAUCUAUUAUUUACAAUGGUCCUCGUUACUUUAUCUGUUAUUGUCACAGUUAUAACAUUGAAUGUACACUUUCGAUCCCCUUCAACUCAUACAAUGCCAGAAUGGACUAAAAGAAUUUUUAUCGAAUUUUUACCCAAAUACCUUUUGAUGAGGCGACCAUCACCAAUAAAAAUCAGAAACAAUUCUACUAAUACCUUCAUUACUCCCAAACGUCCAGACAGAAGAUUGUCAAAUUUCAGUCGACCACGUGACCACACAGUUUCUGCUUUAUUUGAUCAGAUGGAUUUUUUAUCUCCGGCUUAUCGAUCGUCAUUCUGCACAAUGAGAAGUCAUGACGGUAGCAGUUUUGCAAGUUUCCAAAAAGAACUUACACCGGUGAUGAGUGCUGUUGACAGCGUCACAUUUAUUGCAAGUCAAAUGAAGGAUGAUAAAAGUGGCCAACAGAUAAUCGAAGACUGGAAGUAUAUAUCCGUCGUGAUGGAUCGAUUAUUCCUCAUAUUAUUUACAACAGCUUGCAUGAUCGGCAGCAUUGUCAUCGUAUUACGAGCGCCAACCAUUUAUGAUACAACUAUUGCAUUGGCGUAA